AUGGCGACUCUUCUACCUCCCCCGUCGAAGCGUCAGAGGACAGAGAAUGCUGAGCGGGCCCGCCUGCAGCAGGAGAUCCAGAGUAUCCCAGAGAACCUGGGUAGCAUUCGUGUGCAAUUCUUCGACCAGGCGACGGGAUCUGCGACCGGGCCGGCGGUGUCCGUUCCAGUUGCUGAUGCCAGUGUGAAGAAUCUCGAGACUCUAUUGAAUACGUUACAAGGCAAUGAAGAAGAUGAGCGAGUACCAUACCGGUUCACAUACCAAUCCGAUGGCAAAGAAAAAAACGACCAGACAAUCGAUAUCCUCUCUGACUUGUACCACUCCCUCUUGAAGCCCGGCCUGAAGACAACCGAAGAUACUGUACAUCUCUACUUCACUCCCCAGGCUGUGUUCCGCGUCAAAGCCGUCUCACGAUGCUCUGCUGCGAUCGCCGGACACGGCGAGGCAAUUCUUGCGACCAGCUUCUCCCCUGUUAACUCGUCCACAAUGGUUACCGGCAGCGGUGACUCUACAGCUCGCAUCUGGGAUUGCGACACUGGAACUCCUCUGCACACUCUGAAGGGACAUACCAGCUGGGUGCUGGCGGUCAGCUACUCGCCUAACGGCGCAAUGAUUGCGACGGGAAGCAUGGACAACACCGUGCGCUUCUGGGACGCAAAGAAGGGAACCCCAUUGGGCGCGCCCUUGAAGGGACACGCCAAAUGGAUCACCAGUCUGGCCUGGGAACCAUACCAUCUUCAGCAGCCCGGCCGGCCGCGCCUUGCGUCCGCAUCCAAGGACUCGACAGUCCGCAUAUGGGACGUGGUCUCGAAACGCAUCGACACCGUUCUCACCGGGCACAAGGGCUCCGUGACCUGCGUUCGCUGGGGCGGAACCGGGAACAUCUACACUGCUUCUCACGACAAGACCAUAAAGGUAUGGAAUGCUCAGAACGGUACCCUUAUCCAGACCCUUUCUGCGCACGCCCACCGCGUCAACCACCUGGCCCUGUCUACCGACUUUGUCCUCCGCACUGCGUACCACGACCACACCGGCAAGGUGCCGCAGGCCGAUGCCGAGAAGAUCGCGGCGGCCAAGCAGCGAUUCGAGCAGGCGGCGACCAUCAACAACAAGAUCGUCGAGAAGCUAGUGUCAGCGAGUGACGACUUCACUAUGUACUUGUGGGAGCCGGUUAAUUCGAGUAAGCCAAUUGCGCGACUGCUGGGACACCAGAAGGAGGUGAACCAUGUGACGUUCUCGCCGGACAUGGCGUACAUUGCGUCCGCGGGAUUCGACAACCAUGUUAAGCUGUGGAACGCUCGUGACGGGAAGUUCAUCACAACACUCCGCGGCCACGUGGGCGCCGUGUACCAGUGUUGCUUCUCGGCUGAUUCCCGGCUGCUGGUCUCAUCGUCCAAGGACACGACGCUGAAGGUAUGGAAUGUGCGGACGGGCAAGUUGCAAGAGGAUCUGCCGGGCCACAAGGACGAGGUGUUUGCAGUAGAUUGGAGUCCGGAUGGACAGAAGGUGGGAAGUGGCGGGAAAGACAAGGCGGUGCGGAUAUGGAGGAAUUAG